AUGAGCACCAACGCCGCCCUCACGUUCUACGACAUAGCUUCAGCCCCGCCAUUGAAGACCUUUGCGCCAAACCCGUGGAAGACCCGCCUGGCCCUCAACUUCAAAGGCAUUCCAUACCAGACGAAAUGGGUCUCAGUACUGGAUAUCAGCUCGCUGAGGGAAGAGCUUGGUGUGCGAGCAAACCGCACGCUUCCGGAUGGCACUCCGCUUCACACGCUGCCCAUGAUUCAGGACGCCGUCACUAAAGAGAUUGUCGGAGACUCCUUUGAGAUCGUCUUGUAUCUCGACCGCGCCUACCCAGACAGUCCGAAGCUCCUCCGCCCGUAUACGGCAGGCCUGACCGCUGCCUUCAAUGCUCACAUGGACGAAGUCUUCACCAAGCACCUGGGAUUGUGCACUCGGACGUCAUUCGAUCCCGCAGUUGUGGAAGAAGUCAUGGCCAUGUUUGCCAAGCGAUUCGGUGUGUCAUCCCUCGCCGACAUGCAGCUCAGCAACGAGCAGCGAGAGGAUAUGUUCGUCUCGUUCGAAGUCGCACUCGGCGAGCUGACAAAGGCCUACAAUCACACUGGAGGCACGGCGGAUCGCGUCUGGAGGACUACAGGAACAGCAAAGGAGCAGACGCAGCGGUCGGGUCGUGAGAGUGCAGGAUUGUUCCUGGAUGGGGAAGAGCCCGCCUACGCCGACUUCAUCGUUGGUGCAUGGCUGAAACACUUUGAAGCAGAUAUGGUGCCAAAAGACUGGGAGCGGGUAUGCUCAUGGCAAGAUGGACGAUGGGGAAAGAUGGUAGCUGCUCUGGAUCAAUGGAGUGAGAUGAAGUGA